AUGCAGCCAGCAGCACCCCCCGCGGGUCAAUGGGGAGGAGCACAAGCCGCGACCGGCGCCGGCGCUGGCGCAGGCGGAGCGGAUGAGCCACGGACGCUGUGGGUGGGGGAUCUGCAGUACUGGAUGGACGAGACUUACUUAUGGAACGCGUUUGCGUCCACGGGCCAGGUUGCUAACCCUAAAAUCAUCCGCAACAGGGCGACAGGGCAGCCCGAGGGGUACGGGUUCGUGGAGUUCACGACUCAUGCAGCAGCGGCGCAGGCGCUAGCGACCUACCAGGGCACGCCCAUGCCUCAGGCGGAGCAGCAGCCGUUCCGCAUCAAUUGGGCCGCGUUUGGCGCCGGGGAAAAAGGUGGCGGCCGCCCAGCGGACGGGCAGGAGUUCUCCAUAUUCGUGGGCGACCUCGCUCCAGACGUGAACGACUACCUUCUCUGUGAAACCUUCCGCUGCCGCUACGGCUCUGUCAGAGGCGCCAAGGUGGUGGUGGACAAUGUGAGUGGGCGCACCAAGGGUUACGGCUUCGUGCGAUUCUCUUCGGAGGAGGAGCGGGACCGCGCGUUGCACGAGAUGAACGGCCAGAUGUGCUCCUCCCGCCCCAUGCGCAUCAGCGUUGCCACUCCCAAGAAGCCUGGAGCGCCGGGGCAAGGUGGUGCGCCGGGUGGGCAAGGCGGAGGUGCACGGGCGGGGCCCCAGCCCCAGCCGCAGGGGCCCGGGGGAGAGGACGACCCUUCCAACACCACGAUUUUUGUGGGAGGUUUGGACCAGAGUGUGACGGACGAGCAGCUGAGAGCGGUGUUUGGGCCGUGGGGCGAGCUGGUAUACGUGAAGAUCCCAUUCGGCAAGGGCUGUGGCUUCGUGCAGUUCCGACAUCGAUCACAGGCAGAGGAGGCGCUGAGGAAUAUGCACGGCACGGUCAUUGGGCAGCAGUCUGUGCGGCUCUCAUGGGGACGCAAUCCUGCCUCAAAGCGUACCUCGACAUACCCCUCGCAAGGCUCUCAGUGGCAGCAGCCGCAGCAGCAGCACGAUCCCAAUGCAGCAGCGGCAGGUGGUUGGGGCGCUGCUGCCGGUAACACUGGUUACUACGGAGGGUACAGUGGUUACGAUGCUUCAGGGGGUUACAACCAGGGAGCAUAUGCCUCAUAUGGUGGAUAUGGAGGAUAUGGGGGCUACGGGCAGCAACAGGCUUGGCCUCAAGCUCAAGCUGCUCCAGCUGCAGCGGCAGCAUCUCCCGCCACAACACCAGCACCACAAAGUGCAGCAGCAGCGCCUGCUUCUGGAUUUGCAGCUGGAGUUACCCCAGAACCCUUCGAUCCCCUGCGCCCCAUUGACGUGGACAAGUGA